AUGGACGCGGCUCCGGGUCCCGCAGCGAGAGGCGCGCCGCCCCCCGAAGGCUGGCUGCUCUGCCCGGGGCGCCCCUUUCUGUCCCCCCGCCGGCGCCGGAGAGGCGGCUCGGUGCCCGGGAGCUCCUCGUCCGCGCUGUUGCUGCUGCUGCCACUGCUGCUGCCGUUCCUGCUGCGGCGCGCCACACCAGGUGCGGUGGCGACGUCGGAGACCAGGAUCGACGGGCGGGCCCUGUCGGUGAGCAGCUUGCGGGAGGCCGAGAGCCGCGCCUUCACCUGCCUGGCGGCGGCCCCCAACCUCACCUGGUACCUCAACGGGGAGCGGCAGGAGACGAACUCAUCCGGGGGGGGGCUGGCCGCGGCCGGCGACGCCUUGGGGGAGGGCGGCAGCGGCACUUUCGUGGUCACGGCGCGGCGCGUGGACCACCGGCUGGACUGCGACGCCACCGACCCGGCCACGGGGCGCGUCUCCACCGCCUCGGUCCUCCUCAACGUGCAGUUUCAGCCCGAAAUCGUGAAGGUGGACGCCCAUUACCGCGAGGCGAGCGAGCCCGGCCUCCUGCUGGUGCUCUUCGUGCUGGUCCAAGCCAACCCGCCGGCCGACGUGACCUGGGUGGACCAGGACGGGCAGGUGACGGUCAACGCCUCCCGCUUCCUGCUGCUCGACACCCAGACCUAUCCCUGGCUCGCCAACCACACCGUGAGAGUGCAGCUGCACAGCCCGCCCCGGAACGCCUCCCUCCGCGCCUCCAACGGCCUGGGCGUCGCCAGCUCCUCCGUUCCGCUCCCCGGUCUCCUGGCCACCCAGCUUGAACUGCCUCUGGUGGCCCUCGUGGGGGCAGCUGCUGUGGCUCUGGUGAUAUUGCUGAGUUUUGGGGUGCUAAUCAGUUGGGCUGUUUCCCAGAAGCCCAAAAAGUCAGCA